GUGCAGUAAAUAAUCCGGAUAAUUAGUAUGUAGUAUAGUACACACUAACUAGACAAGACAACAGAACAGUCUUAGACUUUCUGGAGUCAUGACUCACUUGCUGCUGCUGUGGACGGUUCCACGUGGAUACCCUACAGAUCUGCACUUCCCACAAACAGUCGAUGCCUGAGUGUCACCCUUUCCUCAGUGAGUAAUCUCACCUGGAUACUGUAGAUUUGUAUCUAGGAAUUACUGCAAUCAUAAACACAGUCUCAUACUGUCUCAGCAUCAUUUCAACACAUUUAGUAUUUUUCAUCCAUCCACCCAUUUUCCGUACCGCUUAUCCUACACGUGGUCACGGGAGAGCCUGGAGCCUGUCCUAAGGGACUCAGGGCACAAGGUGGGGGACACCCUGGACAGGGUGCCAACCCAUCACAGGGCACAAUCGCAUACACAUUCACACACUACUAUCAAUUUCAAAAUGCCAAUCAGCCUACAGCGUGUGUCUUUGGACUGCGAGAGGAAACCGGAGUACCCAUACAGCAUGGGGAGAUCAUGCAAACUCCGUGCACACAGGGAGGAGGUGGGAUACUGUUGAUUUUAUAUGAUCCAACUGCAAUAAAGGAAUGAUUUAUAAUUCCACUAUCCGGUGUCAACCUGAAGAGGAUGGGAUCCCCGGAAAAUCGUUCCUCCAAAGGUUUCUUCCUCGUGCUGUCUCAGGGAGUUUCUCCUUGCCACUUUUGUCUCUGGUUUGCUCGUCAAGGAUCUAAAUCUAUAUCAAGAUUUCUGAAGCUGCUUUGUGACAAGAGCUAUUGUUAAAAACAUUAUACAGAUUGAAUUGAAUUGACCAUUAGCCUAUCGGAUGGAAGAAACAAGUGCAAACAUUUGUCUGCGAACUGCCUUUUUUUUCUUCUUUUUUUUUUUUUUUUUUUACAAUAUUAUGCAAUUUAAGUAGAAAAGCUGUCUCAGUAGCAAGUGAUGCACUAUAAAACUGUUCCAGCAGCAGUAGGAUGGAGAACCAUCUAACAAUCUCACAGCAACACUGAUAGUAGCAUUGUCUGUGUGGGCAUUUUGAAAUAAUGCUCUAUGCUUUUGCAUAGACGUAAACAUGAGUUUUAAAAAAACUAUUAUGUAUCACUUCAAGGAAUUAACUUAUACCAAAACGAUCAACUAAACACAUUCUAACGUUGGUAUUAACAGUAGCUCUACUUUUAUUGUGAAGUGGUGCAGAAUAAAAUAGAGAGGGAGAAACAACCGGAAACUGGCCCUAAUUCGGUGCUUCCGUGUUUUCUGCCCCGUGGCGUUUAGUUCUAACGUUUGUUUUGAAGAGCCCAUCUUCCACACGCAUUUCUAAAGUAAAAGUAAACGUUAAUAUAAUAUCCAGAUGGCACAUUGCUGUUGAGUUGGAUCAAGGUGAACAUGAAGAGGCAGCUUUGGCAGCAGUAUAUUCACACUUUUUUGAGGAAUCUGAAUAUGAUCACUGAAAUGCCUUAGGAAUGCAGCAUGACUGCAGGAGUGUAACUUCACUGUGCUCCCCGCUCUUGGUUGCGCUUUUUUUUACGGAACACAAAAUGAAUCCAUGCCUUUAUAAAUGUGGCAUGGAUUAAACCUCUGUGCAUAAAGUGAGGUUUUGCCAGAGCAGACCUGAAGAUGUGUGGCUGAUUAGGAGAACUGUGUGUCUCUCCCCGCUAUGCCCAGACGAGGGCCGUCACUGCAAGGCCGGGUGCGCUGGCUCCUUCUGGGUAUAUUUUUGCUUCUUGUCUUCCUCUUCUUUGCCUACUUGCUGGAGUGUACACCACCUGCAGAUGUAACCCAUGGCUUGCCUGGCCUCGGAGGGGAACCUUAUGGAAAAGAAUAUUAUCAGGCACUGCUCCAGGAGCAGGAGGAGCGGCACCUCAGCCGAGCGGCCAGCCUCAAGAGGCAGAUUGCGCAGCUUAAACAGGAACUGCAGGAGAUGAAUGAUAAGCUGAAGAGCCUGCAGGAGAAAAAAGAGGGCCCUGGACUACAGGGCCUGGUUGAUGGCAAAGAUCAGGAACCGAGUGACCUGUUGGAAUUCCUGCAUUCGCAGAUCGAUAAGGCAGAGGUGAAUACAGGAGCAAGACUCCCCAGCGAGUAUGCUUUAGUGCCCUUUGAAAGUUUCACCACAACAAAGGUUUAUCAGCUAGAGAUGGGUCUCACUCGGCAUCCUGAGGAAAAGCCUGUACGCAAGGACCGGCGAGAUGAGCUGGUGGAGGUAAUUGAGGCAGGUCUGGAUGUUCUAAACAACCCUGAUGAAGAGGAAGGCCAGGAAGAGGACAUCCCCAUGCGGAGACAGACCUUCACAGAGAGCCACUUUGUCGAGGGGCUUUACAGGACUGAACGGGACAAAGGAACACAGUACGAGCUGUAUUUUGUGAAGGAAGAUUCACACGAAUUCUGCCAAGUAACCCUCUUCCGUCCAUUUGGUCCCUUAAUGAAAGUGAGGAGCACAUCUAUGGACACAGGCAGCACAAUCAUUAAUAUUAUAGUGCCUCUGUCAGGCAGAACAGAAACUUUUAUUCAAUUUCUACACAACUUCAGGGAGGUCGGUAUACAUCAGGACAAGCGAGUGUAUCUUACAGUGGUCUACUUUGGGGAAGAGGGUUUGCAAGAGGUGACCUCAUCUUUACGAAAAAUGUCCAGCGAGGAGAAUUUCACGAACUACACUCUUAUCCCCGUGGACGAGGAGUUUUCCCGUGGCAGAGGACUGGACAUUGGUGCUCAUGCAUGGAAGAAAGAGACCGAUGUGUUGAUGUUUUUCUGUGAUGUAGAUAUUUAUUUCACGCUUGAAUUCCUCAACACGUGCCGUCUCAAUACAACCCCCGGGAAACGAGUGUUCUAUCCAGUAGUGUUUAGUUUAUACAAUCCUGCCAUAGUAUAUGGAAAUCUUGAAUCGGCUCCACCCAUUGAACAUCAGUUGAUUCAUAAAAAAGAUGCUGGAUUCUGGAGGGACUUUGGAUUUGGCAUGACGUGUCAGUAUCGCUCGGACUUCCUCACUAUCGGAGGAUUUGAUCUGGAAGUGAAGGGUUGGGGAGUGGAGGAUGUCCAUUUGUACAGGAAGUAUCUGAGGAGUGAGCUAAUAGUGAUGCGCACACCUGUUUCGGGUCUUUUCCACCUGUGGCACGAGAAGCUGUGUGCAGAUGAGUUAACGCCAGAACAAUACCGCAUGUGUAUCCAGUCCAAAGCCAUGAAUGAAGCUUCUCACUCUCAUUUGGGCAUGUUGGUGUUCCGCGAGGAGAUUGAAAACCACCUCCGCAAGCAAGCCUACAAAAGUCAGAGCAGGGCAGAGGAUUGAAACAGUUACAGUAAACCUGCUCCCAGUAAGCACAAUCUUGGUGCAUUUCAGCAGGGCAGAAUUUAGCCAGCCGAGAUUUGUCCAGAUCUUGCUAUGUUAACACAUUUUCUGAAAUAAUUCAGAAGAUUAACUAAAAUGGAGAAUCCCAAGGAUCAACUAAGAAUAAAUAUCGUUGGACAAAGUGUAUGAAAUGAAGUGGUGUAUGGGAACUUUGUGUGAAGGCUGUGGCAAUGACUGUGCUAUUCACAUUCUGAAGGUCCAUUUACUUUUUUUAUUAAGUUAAAAUGACCAAUUGAAUUGGUGCUUUUAUGUUCAAGCACAUUCAUAGCCUAACCGAGGCACGGUUGUCAUACACUUAUUUGUUAAUGUUAUUGUUUAACAUACUGUUACUUUUUAUUGCUGUUAGUAUUAAAAUCAUGUGUGC